CUCAACCAGGUGGCUGUUGGCUGUGAGUGCCAGGACUGUCUGUUGGCACCCACUGGAGGCUGUUGCCCUGGAGCAUCCUUGCACAAGUUUGCCUACAAUGACCAAGGCCAGGUGCGGCUGAAAGCUGGUCAGCCCAUCUACGAGUGCAACUCCCGAUGUUGCUGUGGCUAUGAUUGCCCUAACCGUGUAGUUCAGAAAGGCAUCCGCUACGAGCUCUGCAUCUUCCGCACUAAUGAUGGGCGAGGCUGGGGUGUCCGCACGCUGGAAAAGAUCCGCAAAAAUAGCUUUGUUAUGGAAUAUGUGGGAGAGAUUAUUACCUCAGAGGAGGCAGAGCGGCGGGGCCAGAUCUACCACCGCCAGGGCACCACCUACCUCUUUGACCUGGACUAUGUGGAAGACGUAUAUACCGUGGAUGCCGCCUAUUAUGGCAACAUCUCUCAUUUUGUCAACCAUAGUUGUGAUCCCAACCUGCAGGUGUACAACGUAUUCAUAGACAACCUUGAUGAGCGACUACCCCGCAUCGCUUUCUUUGCCACGAGAACCAUCUGGGCCGGCGAGGAGAUCACCUUUGAUUACAACAUGCAAGUGGACCCCGUGGACGUGGAAAGUACCAGAAUGGACUCCAACUUUGGCCUGGCUGGGCUCCCUGGCUCCCCCAAGAAACGGGUCCAUAUUGAAUGCAAAUGUGGGACAACAGCUUGCUGAAAAUACCUCUUCU